CAAAGAAAGUCCUGCUGUCCAGUGGUGUAGAAUUUGCAACGUGUAUCUUUGUCAGCAGUGCGAUAGGGACUUUCACGGUUUUCUUCAUUCGACAGUGGAAACGAUCCCUUUAAGUGAACUCAACCAAUCUCCAUUGAAGAUAGCUACAUCUUCAAUCAGAUGUAGCAAGCACAAGAAGAAGAUGAGUUUGUUCUGUGAGGACCAUCAAGUUCUUGUGUGCAGUCUUUGCGUAGCCAUCUCUCAUAGGGCGUGUUGCAAUGUGCUUAUGCCGUCUGAAUAUGCAGAGAAGCUCAAUAGUGAUAACGUCAUUAGGACACGCCUGGUUGAAGGUGAACUCGCGAUGGACGCUCUCGUGAGAGACUUCACCAUCCAGCUAGAGAUACUGGAAAGCAAUAAGCAUGAAGCAGAACAUCUGAUAUCAGGUGAAAGUAAAAAAUUAGAGAACAUUGUCAGCCAAUUACGUGAUCAAUCCAUGUGCGAACUUACAAGGUUAUAUAAAGCACAAAAGGAACACCUCGAAACGUCCAUACAGCGAUGUAAAAGUUUAAAAAACAGUAUGAUCAACACAAACAAGGUGUCAACCGUAGUAUCGUGUGGAACAGACAGCGUACAGAAAAUCUCUAUCUAUCAGAGAGGAAAGGCCGAGAUAAACUCGUGCGCAGAGGUGAUUCGUGAUCUUGUGCGACCAUUUGAAGGAAAGGUUAUAAACUUUGAACCAGAAUGCUUGUCUGAAAAGUUUGAAACUGUUACAACCAUGGUAAAAAUGAGCAUGGCCAAUCAAAUCAGAGAACUACCUGCAGCUUUGGACAAUUGGCUCCCUCUGUCGGAGAGAGUCGUCAAACACCACGGAACAGUCACGGUCAAACUUGAUGCCGACAAGUGUGAAUGCUCCAUUAGAGAUGUCAUGUGGUACAAAGAUGAUAUCAUCCUUCUCACAGACGCAAACAACAAGAGCGUGAAACUCUUCACCGAAAAUGGAGAAUUAAUUGAUGUGUUACAUAUGACAGAUCGGCCAUGGGCAGUUUCUAAACUCUCAGACAACAGAGUAGCAGUGACGAGGCCGGACGCGAAAAUAAUAUCUGUUAUCAAGGUGGAAGAAACAAUUGCAGAACGAGCACACGAAAGGUCGUCAGAGGUCGAUCAGGAUACAGCUGAAAAUUCCAGCAAUAGCGAAGGACGCGAAAAUGACAGAACUUCAAGUCAGAAAAAGAAGAAAGCGAUGAGUGUAGAAAAGGACAUCAUCAUAGACCGACAUUGCUAUGGCAUCUGUCAUGUAGGCGACAAGUUUCUAGUCAAUAAUGGAAAGGCGAGUCCGUACCAGCUGUACAGUGUGGAAUCCGACGGCAGGACGGAUCUUAUCGUGGAACAUGAGUCGCCUUCUUACUAUAUCACCCGGGCAAUCACCCAGAAUGAUGUCUUGGUCAGUUUGACCAGCUCAAUCCCAGGUAAUGCUGCUUUGUACCGCAUGUCCAGUGUCGGCCCGCAUGGUCGAACCAACCUAUCACCAGCGGGAGGUAACAGCCUCAACAAUGUCUACGGAUUGGACGUGGAUCGGGAAGGCAACGUGUACUUAUGCUGUGGGGGAGUUCCUGGUGUCGUGCAGCUGACGCCACAUGGAGCGACAGUUAGGGAACUGGUUGGGGCCGAGCAUGGCGUUAAGGAUCCAAGAGCCGUGGCCGUGGUCAACAAUAAAGUUGUUGUCGCCGACGUUUGUAAAGCAAAUGCUAACACUAUCAAGAUAUUUCAUCUCCGUUGAAAUAUUUCCGGGGAUUUUAUGCACAUGCAUAUCUUUUCAGCCAUGCAAUUAAACAAUAUGUUUUACACUUUACUCGUUUAUACAUAUACUUGAAAUCCAAUAGUGACAAUUACGAAGUAAAUUGUAUUAUGUAUCAUUUCAGCAUCCAAUCCAGAUUUUAACAUUUUUUUUCGGUCUAAUUUGGGUUUCCUCAGUCUCCUCCUAGAUAACAUUUUAGGCCCCCGACAUCACUGACGAGUUAUAUAUAUGGGCGAUGUAGAUUAAUCUUAACUCUAGUCUCUAACUCUCAGUUUGUAUUGAAAGUUGCAAAAACAUUUUGUCUUUUGUAGAUUUAUUUCUACAAAAGACAGUAAAUACGCCAACCUGUGAUAAUAUAGGCAUGUACACGUCCAACCAUUCUAACCGUUUAUGCAGAUCAUCAUUUCUUGUAUACAAAAGUCCUUUAGUAUAUCAAAUAUGUAUAUCACUCAUAUUCAUCUUUGAGGAUUUUAUAGUACAUUCCAUUUCGUGAAUAAAUAGACUUUUGUUUUCAUAA